UUAAGAUAUGAACUGGGAACGCGAACUCCUCGCGGGAUUAGAAUUGCAAAGCAAUUUUCUCUGCGAAUUCUUAGGGUUUCUGAAUUUGUCUCAAUCGAUUUCUCUCUAGUCAAAGCAAAGCUUCGUCGUUUCUCCAUUUCAUUUGCGUUUAUACGAUCCUCUUCUUUUGUUUGGUUAGCCAUCGACUUAAUACGCUUACGAAGUUCUUCUCCACCUGCAACAUUUAGUAAGGCGGAGGACGAACUAAGAGCGAGAUGGAGAUUUCAGCUCUUUUAACAUCUGCUGGAAUCAAUAUCUCGAUCUGCAUUGUGCUUCUUUCCCUUUAUUCAGUACUUAGGAAACAGCCAGCCAAUUACUGUGUCUAUUUUGGACGAAGGCUUGUUUGUGGAGGUGCUAGACGUUAUGAUCCUUUUUGGUAUGAGAGGUUUGUGCCUUCUCCAAGUUGGUUGGUGAAAGCAUGGGAAACUAGUGAAGAUGAGUUGUUAGCUGCUGCUGGUCUCGAUGCUGUGGUUUUCCUCAGAAUGGUCAUUUUCAGCAUUCGUAUCUUCUUCAUUACUGCUGUUGUUUGCAUUGCUUUUGUGCUGCCUGUUAACUAUUAUGGCCAGCCAAAGAUGCAUAAGGAAAUCCAUUUGGAGUCAUCCGAAGUCUUCACCAUUGAAAAUCUUAAAGAAGGCUCAAAAUGGCUGUGGGUUCAUUGUCUUGCACUGUACAUUAUAACCUCAGCAGCAUGUCUUCUUCUCUACUCUGACUAUAAGACCAUAGCCAAAAUGAGGCUUGGACAUAUUACUGGAUCUGCCUCAAAGCCAAGUCAAUUUACCGUUCUUAUCCGUGCUAUUCCAUGGUCUCCUGACCAAUCUUACAGCGACACACUAAGCAAAUACUUCACAAAUUACUAUUCUUCAAGCUAUAUGUCCCACCAAAUGGUUUACCAUAAUGGCAUCAUUCAGAGACUCCUGCUUGAUGCGGAGCGAAUGUGCCAGAGUCUAAAACAUGUUGCUCCUGAAAUCAAUUGUAAACCGAGUUUGACUCCAUGCACCUUUUGUGGAGGGCCUACAGCCACAAAUUCUUUUCACAUCCUCUCUAAUGAAGGUGACAGUGUGAAAGGAAUGGAGCUUGGUGAGUUAUCUAUGACUACACCAGAGCAAGAACGUCCAGCUGCUUUUGUGUUUUUCAAGACACGCUAUGAUGCUCUUGUUGUUUCAGAGGUUCUACAAUCAUCAAAUCCUAUGUUAUGGGUGACAGACUUAGCUCCAGAACCUCAUGAUGUGUAUUGGAGGAACCUUAACAUACCUUAUCGACAACUUUGGAUACGGAGAAUAGCAACUCUCGUUGGUGCAGUUGCCUUCAUGUUUGUGUUUCUUAUUCCCGUGACCUUCAUUCAAGGGCUGACUCAACUACAGCAACUGUCUCAUGCAUUUCCUUUUCUAAGAGGAAUUUUGAAGGAGAAGUUUAUAAACCAGGUCAUCACAGGGUACUUACCCAGUGUGAUCUUGAUUCUGUUUUUCUAUGCCGUUCCACCAUUGAUGAUGUAUUUUUCAACUUUGGAGGGAAGUAUUGCGAGGAGUAUAAGGAAGAAGAGUGCUUGCAUCAAAGUCUUAUAUUUUACUAUCUGGAAUGUGUUCUUCGUGAAUAUAUUAUCCGGGUCAGUUAUCAGGCAACUGAAUGUUUUUUCUAGUGUCAGAGACAUACCUGCACAACUGGCAAGAGCAGUCCCGACACAGGCUGGCUUCUUUACGACCUAUUGUUUCACAUCUGGUUGGGCCAGUUUGGCAUGUGAAAUAAUGCAACCUAUGGCUCUUAUAUGGAAUCUGGUAGCAAAAGCUAUUUCCAAGAACAAGGAUGAGUCAUACGAGACACUUAGGUUCCCAUACCAUACGGAAAUUCCUCGGCUGCUUUUGUUUGGGCUCCUGGGUUUCACAAACUCAGUCAUAGCGCCACUUAUUCUGCCGUUUUUGCUGAUAUACUUCUUCCUUGCAUACCUGGUAUACAAAAAUCAGAUACUCAACGUGUAUAUUACAAAGUAUGAAAGCGGUGGACAAUACUGGCCUAUCUUUCACAACACAACAAUAUUUUCACUGAUAUUGACACAGAUUAUAGCUUUGGGUUUUUUCGGAUUAAAACUCUCAACGGUUGCUUCGGGUUUCACCAUACCGUUAAUUCUUCUCACUCUGCUUUUUAGUGAGUAUUGCCGGCAUAGAUUUGCGCCCAUUUUCCAUAAACAUCCCGCUCAGGUGCUUAUAGACAUGGACAGAGCUGAUGAAAUGGCUGGAAAGAUGGAAGAUUUACACAAGAAGUUGCAUAGUGUAUACUCACAAAUACCAUUACACUCUCAGAAAUCAUCGAGCAAAGGUGAAUGCAGUACUCCUUUCGCGAAUCAGGAGUUACCAGAUCCUGAGAAACUGAAGCCAGAGGAAGGAGAUGCAAUAGCUAAAGAGUUAUGGGGCUAUCAGGGCAAUGAAUCUGGUCAAGAACAGGAAGACAAGUCCUGUCCCGGUGGUUCUACACCGGAGCAUCGUACCCCCAAAGAUGGUAGAAUUCCACAAACGGAACUAGAACAUUUUCACUAGGUGAAGUAAUUGGUGAUGCUACGUGCUAGUUCAGUCACUUGAACUACAAUACGUCAAAGUGGUAUACGCAGAAGAUUAUUCUGUCAAGGGCUCAGCUCCAAAAGGAGCCAAUGGUAAAUGAGAGUACUCACUCACUGUAAACUGAUAUGGAAUUCAUUUUCUUCAGUUGGAAGUUGGAACUAAACCAGGGAAAUCAUUAAAGCAUGUACAGUCUUCUUGUUAGAAGCGAAGGAUGUAUAUUUUAGUCACUGCAAGAAGAAAUGUAACACUGAAAAAUGUAUAGGUUACUCAAAUUUUCUUGCGAUUUCUCCAAAGAAUGAAGAGCAG